AUGAAGCCCUCAACCUUUUUCACCUCAACUAUCUUCACCCUCGCUGCUGCCUCAUCCUUUCCCAGCUCUGAAACACUGGCUACCAGCGACAUAUGGAUAGGCCUGAACUUGAACAAAUGUCUCGUCAACGCUGAGGUCAUCCCCCAAGCCAAUCUCGCCGCGCAAAAAGUCGUAGCCAAAGAAGUCAUCGCCGCCUACAACGCCUGGGACAUCGAGCGUAUCCUCGGCUACCGAACUCCAGACUGCAAGCAAAACAUCCUACCCGCCAGCUUGAACCGCACAGCCAUGACCAACGACGAAUACCGCGUAUUCUUCAAAAGAAUUGAGCCUUUGUACGAGAACUUCACGGCUAGAGUCCUACAAGAAACGCACGACCCCGAGGCACACACCUGCAUUAUUCAUGCGCGCAGUACGGCGACGACUGCGAUUGGACCGUAUGGGAAUGAGUAUGCGCUUAUCUUGACGUUUACGGAGGAUGGCACGAAGGUUAAGUAUUUUGAUGAGUUUGUGGAUUCGGCGUAUACGCUGGAUUAUGGGAGGAGGUUGACUGCUGCGUUGGCGAAUGGGACGGGGACUAGUCUUUAG